CGUGCCGGGAAGCGAUGCCACUCUCCUCUCAGACCUGGAGAGCGGCUCCGUGGGCCCUUCCUGGAGAUUGCGGAGAAGGCGCGAGCUCGACUUUGGGGGAGGGCGCGCGCGCGCGCAGGGGCGCGAGCCAGAAGAAGAGGGCUGCGCGCGCACCCUGCACUCUGGAAGGGCAAGAGAGGCGCGUAGCCAAGGGAAGAGAGGGGCAGCGUGGCUGGACUUCUGGGCGGGAAGGAGGAGGCCUCCCGCUUGCUCUAAGUGUCGCCGGGCUCGGCCUGUUUCGCUUUUCCCUUCCUCCUCCUCCUCCUCCUCCCUCCUCUUCCUUCCGCCUCAGGGGAGCAGCCUGUAGGGAAGUGGGUGGUGGGCGGUGGCAAAAGGAGGCCUGCCCUCAAGGGACUGCGUGUGGGCUCUUUCUCUGUAGUGCCUUGCCCUCUCUCUCCCCCUCCCCCUCCCUUCCUCCCCCAACUCUCCCUCAGACUUCAGUCCUUCACCUCCCUAGCCUUGAGUCCUUUCUGUGUGGGGCUGAGCAGGCGACCCCCUUCCCUGAGGUAGACACAGCCUGUGUAAUCCCUCAGGCAGACCCCGUUUAGCUUAAUCUAUGUUUUCCCCGCAAGUGUGUGGGUGACCUUUGUUACAGUUCCUAGCUAGCGCUCGCCUUCGCCCUCUAGGCCUCUUCCUUUCUCUUUCUCUUUUUCUCCCCCUCAGUAGUUCUUGUCCUUCUUUCUCACUUCCUCUCUUCCCCUUCUCUGCCUCCUCAUAGCACCAUUCAACAACAACAGCAAAACAAAACACCUGCUGCUGGGAGUAACGUCCAGUUCUCUUCUUCCUCCCUGCCUCCCUCUGAGCUUGAAAGUUUUGCAGUCUCAUUCCAAGGUAUCAUUGGCUCCCCUUCUCUGGCAAAGGCUCUUCUCUGCAGCUUUUCAGAGAUUUUUUUUUUUAAAGGAAGUCCCAAUUAUUAACAUUGGCUUUCGUUGGAUGAGCGAUGAAAGUGACAGUUUGUUUUGGAAAGACGGGGAUUGUGGUCCCCUGUAAGGACGGGCAGAUCCGGGUUAAAGACGUGACCCACCAGGCUCUCCAGAGGUACCUGCGAACCAAAGAAAAGGAUCCUUCUUAUUGGGUGAAUAUUCACCAUCUGGAGUACACAGAUGGGGGAAUCCUGGACCCAGAUGACAUCCUAGCAGAUGUUGUAGAAGACAAAGAUAAGCUGAUUGCUGUGUAUGAUGAACAAGAUUCACUGCCCAAGUCUGAUGACAUCAAUGGUAGUUUGACAGAUGGGAACAGCCCAGAUGCUUUUGAGACGGAGGUUGCUGUUCAGCUGGCUGCAUUUCAGCCUAUUGGAGGAGAGAUUGAAGUGACACCCUCUGCCCUGAAACUAGGGACACCACUUUUGGUGAGAAGGAGCAGUGAUCCAACACUGGGUCCACCUGAGUUUCCUGUAGGAGCUUCACAUGCCAAUAAUCAUGUUUUGAAGACCUCUGUGUCAUGUUCAGCACACUCAUCUUCAGAAGACUGGGAUCCUGCUGCACGCAGUGAAGUGCUGACGUCUCAGAAAACAAAAUUCAUUUUCAGUGAUUUGACAAGAAAAGUGGAGAUAUCUGGUGAAGAUGGCCCUCUAGGAAUCCAUGUGGUACCAUACUUUUCAUCCUUAAGUGGAAGGAUUCUAGGGCUUUUUAUCCGUGGCAUUGAGGAGAACAGCCGAUCUAAACGGGAAGCACUUUUCCAUGAAAAUGAGUGCAUAGUGAAAAUUAACAGCAUUGAGCUUGCAGAUAAAACCUUUGCACAAGCACAAGAUCUCUUCCGCCAAGCAAUGAAAUCUCCAAAUAUCAUCUUGGAAGUGGUUCCUUCAUACAACCGGGAACAAUAUGAGAAAUCUGUCAUCACAUCUUUAUAUUCUCCAGAUAACACUGAGCAUGUUUCAAAGGCAAAAAAUCCACCUCUCAUAUACCCAAAGCCAAUGGCAAAGGAAGUAGGCUUGUCUGGUUUGAACAGUCUGGAUACUGGUGUGUGGACAGUUCUCCAUCCUGCCAAGAGCCCCAACAUCCCAAGGGUUGGCAGGAAGACAUCAUCACCAACUUUAUCUCCUCUGAUGAACUUUGGCAGCAAGAGAAAUGCAAAGAGGAUAAGAAUAGAUCUCAAGAAAGGUCCCGAAGGACUCGGUUUUACUGUAGUUACCAGAGACUCUUCAGUGCAUGGACCUGGACCUAUUUUUGUAAAGAAUAUUCUGCCACGUGGUGCAGCUGUUAAAGAUGGUCGUUUACAAUCUGGAGACAGAAUACUUGAGGUGAAUGGUAGAGACAUCACUGGCAGAACCCAAGAAGAGCUUGUAGCCACACUGAGGAGCACAAAACAAGGAGAUACUGUCUCUCUGAUUAUUGCUCGCCAGGAGGAAACCUUCCUUCCCCGAGAGCUGAAAGGAGAGCCCUUCUGCAACAUGCUUUCAUUAGAGACUACUGAGCAAUUGACCUUUGAGAUUCCUCUGAAUGACUCAGGUUCAGCUGGACUUGGUGUGAGCUUAAAGGGCAACAAAUCUCGAGAGACUGGGGCUGACCUUGGGAUUUUCAUCAAAUCUAUCAUCCAUGGAGGUGCUGCCUAUAAGGAUGGCCGCCUGCGAAAAAAUGAUCAACUUAUUGCAGUGAAUGGGGAGUCUCUGCUUGGAAAAUCGAACCAUGAAGCCAUGGAGACUUUGAGGCGUUCAAUGUCUAUGGAAGGAAAUAUUCGUGGAAUGAUCCAGCUUGUGGUUCUCAGGAGGCUGGACAGGCAGACGGAAGUGGAACACAUAGAGCAUGUUGCAUCAUUUUCCAAGCAGGACCUUGAAGGGAAUUUUAAUUUCACAAGUAUUCCAAGGUGUAGUGAUGCUGCUGUGCAGUGUUUUGGAGCGUAUUGCCAGCAAGGGAGGUUGAAAGAGCUUCAUACAUCUGAGAGUGGCAUGGUUGAAAAUGAAGUCCCACCCCCGUUGCCUCCACAUCCGAGUGACGAGCUGAUCACAGAUUAUAAUCACAGCUCAAUAGCAGAUUCAGCAGCAUAUUUACCAGAUCAGCACAUCAACUUCAGAUCUUUGACACUGGCCAAGCAGACAGAAUCAAUUAAUCUGAAAGCCUCUAAGAGCAUGGAUCUUGUGGCAGAUGAAAGCAACAUGAGCCUGUUGGCCAGGCAACAACAAGAACCUCCUGGCAAGGAUGUUGGUCCAACUCUAGGUUUGAAGAAAUCAAGUUCCCUAGAGAGUCUCCAGACAGCUGUUGCUGAAGUGAAAAAGAACGAGCUUCCUUUCUAUAGGCCCAAACCUCACAUGGUCCGUGGUAGAGGGUGCAAUGAGAGCUUCAGAGCUGCCAUUGAUAAAUCCUACGAUGGACCUGAAGAUUUUCCAGAAGAUGGCAUGUCAGAUAAGAGCUCUCUCUCUGGUCAGGAAGUGCAAAACUUUCAUGCCAGUUCUGAAUUAGAAGAUGUGGAAGGCAAGGCAAAAAAAUACAAGAAGACCAAAGACAAAUCAAAAAUGAAAGACAAGAAUAAAAAAUUGAAUUUGAAGAACAAAUCUAAAAUGAAGGAAAAGGACAAGAAAGAAGAAAACGAAGACCCAGAGAGAAAAACAAAAAAGAAAGGCUUGGGUGCCAUGUUGAGGUUUGGGAAGAAAAAAGAGGAUAAAGGUGUAAAGGGUGACCAGAAAGGAAACACCAAGACUGGAACUCUUAAAGAAGAAGAAUUUGAAAAGAUGAAGGAGGAACGAGAAAGAAUUGGUGCAAAACAUCAAGAGUUACGACAGAAGCAGAGCAGGGGGCCUGCUGAAUAUCCAAUUGGUCCUGUGGGUCCACCACCUGAUAUUGACGAUGACGAGACAGACCCAAAUUACGCACGUGUCAAUCACUUUCGGGAAAUGUAUCCAAAGACCAAUGCCUACAGGCCCUCUUCUCCACCCACUCCAGAUACCUUUGGAUCUGAGAACCCUCCAGCACCUUCAGAUAGGGACCACUUAGAAGGACUGUAUGCAAGAAUCAACAAGCCACUUCAUCAGCAUGCUCCUGUUGAGAGUGACCGCCCUAGUGCUGGAACUGCAGAACGCAUCCAGAAGUUACGGAAAGAAUACCAUCAAGCAAGGCGAGAAGGCUUACCUUUCUAUGAUGAAAAUGACAGCCGAGGAAGGCCAUCUGAUCAGCACUGGGUGUCUGGAAAAAUUCCAGAUGGGCCUUCACACCAUCUCCAGUAUGAAGGCAUAGAAAGACAAUACGCCUCUUUGCCCAGGCAUGGACCUGUAGAACCAGCGGAGUACAUAACGGGACUACGGGCACCUUACAAAGAGAGAGAUCUUCCUUACUUUCAAGGAGGCCAGCCAACAGGUCAACCUUCUAAAGGGAGCUACGUUCAUCCACAUGAUGCCUCGAGGCCAGCAGAAUUAUGGUAUGCUCAGUAUUACUCAACACAACCAGUGUCCCAGCAUAAAGGACCCCUCCGGCAAGACGUACCUCCAUCACCUCCUCAAGGCCACAGGGUUCUACCUUACAACGAAAUGGGAAGAGUGGCCUCCCGUCCAGCUGGUCCUGAUCACUAUCAGUAUAGGCAUCAAGAUCCACGACAAAAGGAUCCCAUGACUGCAGCUGUAUAGCUUAAAGGUGGACUCUUCUUCACAUCUAACAAGAAAAAAUGGACAUCAUCUUUCUGGCACCACCGAGCUUGGCUACCCCAAGACAGACGUCCUUUAACUGUGGCUAGUCAGCAUCCAGGAUAUAUUCCUAAAUGUAUUACAUGCUCGUACAACGUGGUACGUGAUUUUUAGGUAGCAAUGCAUCAGAGAGUAUUUUUUUUAAAAGUUGCUUGUACGUAGAAGGUGGUAGAUGAAGAAAAAGUGGAAUUUCCAAGCACAUCACAAAGUGCCAUUCAGGGCUGUUUGCAACUGUCAUAAGCACAUAUUCCAAGACUCUUGUUUUGGAAAAGUUUCAGAAAAGGCAUCUAUCUAAUCAGUGCAAUUAUGUGUGUACUUAGUAUAUUAUGUAGACCACCUUCAACUGGAGAAUCUCCAACUUGCAGGAUCCCCUGGCAGGUUCACAAGGGGCUUCAUUAUGUUAGGAAAUGUAUUUCACUGAUGGUGCAAAUUAUUUUGUUGCCAUUAUAUCAGGGGUUAUCACUCACAUUUUAACCCUCACAGUGACCUUCUUAGUUGCCCCUCUGGGGAUAUUGUAUUUCUGUCUUUUCUUCUGUAUUGGACACAUAUCAUGAUUCUCUCUCUCUUCCCUCCUGCCUUCAGUUUUCUAAUAUCAAAUAAUAGACAAAUGGAGGGGGGGAGGGUUGAUAAUCUUUAGUUGAAACCAAUGACUUGUGAUGCCUCCAGGAAUUAUAUAUACAAAAGCCCUAUAUGCAGCCUCUUAUUUCCUGAGAAUAGGAUGUUUUUGCCUUUGGGCUGGGAGACUUGGUGAGAGCUGCUUCCCCAUUAGUGACAUUGCCAUAUUUCAGCUUAUAAUUAUAUACUAGUAAUUGGCAGCACAUGGAAAGCCAGAUUCACCCCUUGUGUGACAUUAUUUGGUCUUCACCAUUGCCAAUACCCAUCCCUAGACAAGAAGGAUGCAGGGAAGAAGCAGUCACCACCAGUAAUACAUACAAUCCAUUGACAGCAUACUUAUGCAAAGCUGGUGUACCAUCUUCCUCUGAAAUUGGCUCUCCCAGGAGAUUAAUUGUUGAGUGUGUUUGCAACAUUGUGCUGCAGUGCUGGUUUUAGCAAAAUGUGGCUUGGCUGAGCUGGCUUCCCACCAAUCCCAGAAAAGACGUCCUGGCUAAAUGUCCAAGAAGUCCAUGGCAAUAAGUGGCAGCCUUUGGGGCUUAUGAGAUACAGUACAUAUGUUUCUCCUUAAAUACCGUAACUUCCAGUCAUUCCAAAAAUAAAUGACGAGAGAACGGAGAUGAACAAGGUUCUACUCAAAUGGAAGUUGGACAUUGUGGGCAGACAAAGAAUGAUUGCAUGGGAAAUGUAGGAAGGAGUCCUUUCAAUAUUCUAGACCUGCAUUUGUCACCAAGGCUAACUUGAUUGACCCCAGCAUUUUGAAGAAAUUCAGCAUAUCUUUUUAAUUCCACAGACUUUGACAUCAGAGGCAUUUCAGGCCUCUGCUUCAGCCCAUUUUCUGGGAGGGAAAGACCUUGGGUCUAGCCACGGAAAUGUAUGAGGCGAUGGGUUGGUUUUCUUUUGGUAUGCAGCAAAUUAACAGGAUUCAUUACAUAGGUCAUCUCAUAAUUAUUAUAUAUCGCACUGAGGGGUCACCUACCAGGCACAGCCAUUUAUCAUUUAGCCUUUCUGAAAUGGCUUCAUUAUACCGGGUGGCCUCAGGAGACAUGGCGCAUAGUGAAUCUAUCACGCACACAAAUUUGCAUUGCUGCAUUUCAGAGUGUCAGCUCUUUUACUCCCCAUGAAAGAUUCAACGGUUUUAUAUGGGAUCCACAGGCCCUGCAUUGUUGUCCUGAGCAUUAAUAUUCAGGUAAGUAAUUGAAUUUUAACCAAACUUGCAGCCUCAGAUUCAAAGUCCUCGAGUAAUGAUUAGUGAGUUUUGAAUCCAAGGUCGUGUGACCUAUCCUUCCUAGAUUUCAAUGUCAUAUACAUUGCUAAACAGAAGUAGGACAAUGGCUUAAAAUACCAAACAUGCUUCUGUGAUUAAUUUUAACAGGGAAAAGUCAACAAGAAAUGAAUUGUCCAUGUAAUUAUUCCUUGGUUAUUUAUUUCUAAAAAUGCACCCUAAUGUGAAAGAUAUUCAUAUCAAAGACAAUAACUAUUUCCAAGAAAUGAAUUUAAUUUCAGGUGGCUGUGAAUGAGUAGCUAGAAAUGACUUGCAAGAUGUGAUUUCUUGUGUUGCCUUUUCUUAUGAGUUAUUUUCAGUUGUUUGAUCCACUUUUAAGUGGGCAACUGAUUUGACUAUCAUGUUAAUUUACAUGAUUAGUUUACAUAGUCUGAAGUGAAUGGUAAGUUGCUGAUAGGUCUCAGUUCUUGUAUCUUGUUUAGUAUCUGAACUGAGAUAGACCACUACAGUAUGGAAGGAAAAUAGUGACAUUUUUAAAUAGGAUAUUUUAUGAAAUAUAUCGAACAUGAAAAUAUAAAAGAACAUGAACAAUGUUGAUGUAAAAUGUAGCUGCUGGUACCUACAGUCAAAUGGGCUUUGAAAAGUAGGUAUUUGAUGAAUCCUGAUCUGUGGUAAGUUUUCCCACUCUAACCUUAUGGAGCUAUACAAGACCUUCUUUUUAUAAUUGAAUUUGCAUUAUUUUUAUUUUUAUUUCUGGUCUCAUUUCAGCUCCUUCUGAUAAGGUAUGCAGCACAUUUUGAAAAGAGCACAAACUGUUUGACACUUUCUGCCUUCUUUACCACUUCAAACUAUGUCAGGUAUUUGCUGUGUUUAUAAUUUGCUUGGAAACACUGACCCAUUACUCAAUACUCUCCACAUUGAGUGGCUAGUGUUUGACUUUUCUUAGUCAAGUAGAGCCAAGUUGCCUUUCUAUCAGACCAGGGUCAUGUAAGCAAAUUUUGGAGUCUGUUCCCUGUGUUUCAACUCUCUUAUAUCAUCUUAGACCUUGUCCCUGGAAUUUUUUUUUUAAGAAAUAGGCCUCAGGAACAUGCAGAGAAGCAAUCAAUGGAAAAUACCUCAACUUUGCAUAAGAAGCAGGAUAGAUAUUAUAAGAGAGGCUCUUCAACAAAAACACUUUUACAACUCCCUUUGGGGUAUCACACUAUGCCUGUGGUGGUUGCAGGAUAAACCACAUAAACUGAGAUUAACAAAGAAAAAAAUGGCAGCUGUACAAUAAAGACAAAAAGGCCUCAAGGAGUGAGGACAGAAAAAAUAGCUUUGCUUUUGUGUAAUCAGAACCCUACAAUAGAUUGGGAUCCUUCAUUAAAAGAAACCAAUAUCGAUUAUGUUGACUUUAUCUAUCCUCAACGGAAUUAAAAGAAUUAAUUCUGCCUUAUAAACUGCUGCCUCCUAACCUUUUCUUGUGCCAUAUCAUUCUAGUUUGCAAAGAUAAUUGACAGUGUUUCAGAAGCAAGGGAGGCAUCCAGAUUGGGUGGCAAGAACCUGUCUAGGUUAUUUACGGCUUUUGCUGCUCAAGGCUCAGUUGUUUCAAUGUAACCCGAAGUGCCCUGUAAAAUUCCCAUUGACUGCAGUGGCGCCAUCUGGUAGGGCAAGGAAGGUCAAAAAGAGACCUUCUCAACCAUUAAUCUUAGUCGAUGGCUUAUUAAAGAGUAGUUCUGUGUUUUGAACAGUAGGAAACUUCCUCUCUCCCCGCAUAGACACAACUGAGUAGAUGCAGGUGCUUCAUACGUUACAGAUAGCUGUGGGGCAGCGGGUUAAAACUCUUGACUCCUCUUGUGGGGACAAGAACAAAAUGAAUUUCCCCUCAUCAAUCCAAAGUGCCAAAUUUCUGACUGAGGAGCUAGGAAGCACUUGACUGCUUUAAUUGACUCAUCAUGGUGGGUAGAUCUGUGUGUGUGCAUCUAAAUAUACAUGUGUGUGCUGUGCACAUAUGCAGAGAGAGAAAGGGACACCUUCUCUGCAAUAAUGUCAAACAAGCUUUCUUAACACCAUAUUGCGGACAAAUAUGUAGUGCACACAUAUCUCCUAAGGUGCUAUCGCUCAUGGAUUAAAAUAUACCACUUGCAAAAACAAAAUGCAUGCAAACUGAGUUAUGAGUUGUUUCCUCCCUAUUGUGAGCUCCUAUAUUUUGGAGAUGUUUCUAUCAGAAAAGGUCCUCUUGUAUUCUAGAAUGCCUUUAUUCAACUUGUGUUAAAAUGUGCCAAUCUAGCAGUAGAAAUCUCCAAGGUGAAUGUUGGUUUCUGGGAUAGUUUAGAUUUGGACUUCUGGGAAGGUUGCUGAAGGUUGUUUCAAGAUGAUGACUGGUCGCCCUUCUUGAAUAUGUCCACAGCAUGGAAAGUCUAUCAAUUCUGUGAAAAGGUGGGAUGUCUUCCUGGGAUCCCAGGCAAAGCAAUAUCUUUCUCUACAGACUCAUUUCGACUUGGUAUCUCCUUCAUAGUCGUGUAUGCAAACUCAGAUCCCCGUUUCCUACAUUACCUGGUAUCUCUGCUACUUUUUCCUUUUUGAUGAAAAACCAGAAGCAAGCAAUAAAGGUAAUGGGCCACUUUGCUUGUAUUGGUGACCAAAUUAGCUUUUAAUGCCCUGCCAAAAAGCAGGGAAGAAUGACCAGUAAGAAGUAGCAAGCUGCAAAACAUGGUCAUCUCAAUCUACCCACAUUAGGGGCUGUUUCCAGCUCAACCCCCUAAUAUGGCUAAACAAAAUGUUAGACAGCCAUGAUGGGCAUUCUUUCAAGACUGGCUGUUUAAAAUAUGCCGAGAUAGUCAGAUUGGUGGUGGAAAACCAUCAGGGUAGCAGAAGGGCAAGGCUACCAACACUGGUUUCAGACCAGAGGUGUCAAGUGCCUUACUCUGGCCUUGGGUGUUAUUCCUUAACUUAAGCGUUACACUUGAAAUAGAGACUUGGCUGAAAGCCCAAUAAACUUACUGGAAACACCAGUGUACUUUGGAUCAAACUCCAGUUGCUUUUUUUAAACAAGUGAAUUGUACAUGAACAACUAAAGGUUUAAUACCAGCAGUUCCCUGAAUCACUAAUUGGUAUUAGACUGCAAUAAAAUGGGGAAUUAACACUAAGCACAGCAGUUGAGAAGGUGGCUUUCUGGGAAGCCUAAAGGCCAGGGAACGGAAUUAGGAAGCCGACAGUAGGCGUUCUAGCUCACAAUGUUAACCAGAAACAGCUUUACCUGCUGCAUAUUUUUUGUAUAAUAUGAAAGCGCUACCUCCAUCUUCCUUUCCUCCCUCGCUGUCUUCUGUAUGUAGUCUGGAGUGAUUUCCCUCUUCCCUGUGGGAACUAAGAGUUGAUUGUUUGCUCUCCCACAUCAGGCACUGAAGUAGAUAACUUUUUGCAGGAGUAUUCCUACUAUAUUUAAUCAAGUGCUGUUUUGCUUCUCAAUGCAAAAUGUAACAAUUUAAUCCUCAAUUCACAAGAUGACUUUUUCAGGCGAUUUUGAAUUUAAUCCCACUGAUUUUUGGCAGUUCAAACUGUAAUAAGAGUGGCUCCGGUUUGCACAUUGUCACCCUAUCUAUACUUUCGUUUUGUUUUUCUAAUCUACAUUUGUGUGCAUUGUGUUGUUUAAAACCUCGGAAAGUUUAUUUUAGGAGGAAGUACAUUUGUUACCACAAGAUCAAAUUAGACCUUUUAUUUUGUUUUUGUUAUAUAUCACCAUAUAAAUGUUGGACAGUUUUAUUUUGCAUUAAAAUAAAGGCUUUAAGAACAACA